GAUACUGUGAAUAAGGACACUGAACCCAAAGAUCCAUAUCCCAUUCCAAGAAAGAUUAUGGCUGAACCAGACUACAUAGAUGAUGACAAUCCUGAAUUAAUUAGACCUCAGAAACUAAUUAAUCCUGUGAAGUCAUCCCGGAAUCAUCAAGAUCUCCAUAGAGAGCUGCUUAUGAAUCAGAAAAGGGGUCUUGCACCUCAGAACAAACCAGAACUACAGAAAGUGAUGGAGAAAAGGAAACGAGAUCAAGUUAUUAAACAACAAAAAGAAGAGGAAGCACAAAAGAAGAAAUCAGACCUGGAAAUAGAGCUACUGAAACGGCAGCAGAAACUGGAGCAGCUGGAACUGGAGCAACAGAAGAUACAGGAAGAGCAGGAAAAUGCACCUGAGUUUGUCAAAGUCAAGGGCAACUUGAGGAGGACGGUCCAGGAAGCAACAGAAGCACCAGACUCCUAGAAGCCAGCGCCUGCUAAGACUUCCAGCUUUCCUGCAGAGAGAGGCUUUUGCAAGUUGUCUCAGAUUUACCCCUCGAGAGGGAAAAUAACAGCAUCCAGCUGACACUUUACUGAAGAUGAGAUUUUUCGUCCCUGGGACGUGUGGAUUAAAAAGACAGUACCUUAAACAGAUCGACUUGCCAAAUGCAGUCCUGAGAUCAAUGGAUAAGGAGCCUGUUUGUCAGUUCAGUAUCAUGGACCUGACGUGCUUGCUCAGAGAUUUUAACCAGGGAUACUAGAGAAACUCCUUCAGUGUUGCACUGCUUUAUCUCUUGUGAUCCUAGUUUAGUGGAGAUACACAGAUUAUAUUUUGCUUUAAAACAGAACAAAUAUCCUCCAGUGAUUUCUUAUGAAGCUUUGCAGUGCAGGUAAAUUUCCUCCAUCUAGACCAACAGCCUAUGUAUAUCCCACAAUAAUUUGUGUUCAGUUGGAAUUUUUAUCAAAUCUGGGAGGAUACGAGGUGUAUUGAUCACUGCUGCCCAUCCCCACUAGGAUAGGCAGGUGUGGGCAAACCGAGAAUGCUUAAAUCUCACCAGCAGUGAAUAGUUAAGCAGCCUUAAACCCCGGUUCUCCCUGUUUG